UGCGCGAGCAGCCUGAACAUGGCUCUCAACCGGAUUUACUCAUCCUUUUUUAUUUUUCUUCUUCACACUUUAAUAGACUGUCACGCAUUAAGAAACUAUCCAGAUAAUGAAGUGACGCUUCUGGACUCUAUGUCAGCUCCAGGAGAUCUGGGGUGGGAGGCCUACCCAUCAGAAGGGUGGGAGGAGAUCAGCGUGAUGGAUGAGCGUAACAUCCCCAUGCGCACAUACCAGGUGUGCAACGUGAUGGAGGCCAACCAGAAUAACUGGCUGCGCACAGGACUGAUCCCACGUGCCGGUGCCCGGCGUGUUUACGUUGAACUCAAAUUUACACUGCGUGACUGCAACAGCCUGCCAGGUGUGCCCGGAACCUGCAAGGAGACAUUCAAUGUUUACUACCAUGAAUCGGAUGGUGUUGUGCCACCCCCACCGCUACGCCACGCUCGCGAGAGCCAGUAUGUCAAAAUCGAUACAAUCGCAGCAGACGAGAGCUUCACUCAGAGCGAUGUGGGGGAGCGUGUCAUGAAGCUCAACACAGAGGUGCGCCACAUCGGUGGACUCAGCAAGCGAGGCCUUUACUUAGCGUUCCAGGACCUGGGUGCCUGCAUCGCCCUGGUGUCAGUUCGCGUGUUCUAUAAACGAUGUCCACUGGCCGUAACAAACCUGGCACUUUUCUCUGACACGGUGACAGGUGGCGAUCAGGCCCUGGUGGAAGUGCGAGGGUCUUGUGUGGAGUAUGCCGAGGAGCUGGAGGCACCACGCAUGUUCUGCAGUGCAGACGGAGGCUGGCUUGUGCCGAUUGGACGCUGCGUGUGCAGGCCUGGGUAUGAGGAGAUCGAUGGGCAGUGUCAGCCCUGUAGGCCUGGCUUUUACAAAGCCUCCGCUAUGGAUGCCUACUGUAUGAAGUGUCCACCACAUAGCUACUCUCAUCAGGACAAGGCCUCCGAGUGUGUAUGUGAGCGGGGAUACUACAGAGCAGAAAGUGACCCUCGCUCCAUGGCCUGCACAAGGCCCCCAUCAGCACCAGGCAACCCCAUCUCCACAGUGAACGAGACAGCCGUGACUUUAGAAUGGAGCCCGCCACGGGACACAGGGGGCAGAGGGGAUGUAACCUACAGUGUCCAUUGCAUGAAAUGCUCAGGCUCUGUAGGUGGGAUGGUUAAAAAGUGCGUGCCCUGCGGCAGCAGCGCUCACUUCAGCCCGCGGCAGUUUGGCCUGGCCCACCCCAGAGUUCAAGUCAGCGAGCUCCAGCCUAGAACCAACUACACGUUUAGCAUCGAGGCGGUGAAUGGAGUCUCAGAUCUCAGCCCAAGCCCUCAGCAGCUAGUGAACAUCAACAUCACUACCAGCCAGACAGUGAGUGUGAUUGUUAAAGAGAGGAGAAGCAGGGACAGCAUCACCUUGGCUUGGCAGGGUCCAGAAACGUCUGAUGGUGCCAUGGUGGAGUACGAAGUCACCUAUUAUGAAAAGAAUCAGAGAGACCAGAACUACACAGUGCUGAAGACCAAAUCCAACAUCAUGACAGUGGAGGGCCUGAAGCCAGGAACGACUUACGUGUUCAGGGUCCGUGCUCAUACCGACGGAGGCCACGGCAACUACGGAGGAGAGAUCGAACUGGAGACAAGGCAUGAGGACAUGUUGGCAGUGGGAGAUCCAAACCAGAAGACCAUCUUGGCUGUGUCCAUUGCUGCUGGUGUUGUACUUUUUAUACUUCUUGUGGCCUGCUUCGUGGUCAGUGGCAGGCACUGUGACUACAUCAAAGCGAAGCAAGACCCCGAGGAGGAGAAAAUGCAGUUUCAGCAUGGCCGCAUCCCAACUCCUGGUAGCAGAACAUACGUUCAUCCGCAUACAUACGAGGACCCGAAUCAGGCAGUUCGUGAUUUUGCCAAAGAAAUUGAUGUCUCGAAUAUCCGCAUAGAACGAGUGAUUGGAGCUGGGGAGUUCGGCGAGGUGUGCAGCGGCCGUCUGCGUCUUCCCAGUAAAAGGGAGAUCCAUGUGGCCAUCAAGAGUCUGAAAGCAGGCUACACAGAGCAACAGAGACGGGAUUUCCUCAGUGAGGCAAGCAUCAUGGGCCAAUUUGACCACCCCAACAUUAUCAGACUGGAAGGAGUUGUGACCCGAUGUAAACCUGUGAUGAUAAUAACAGAAUACAUGGAAAAUGGAUCAUUGGACACAUUUCUGAAGAAACAUGAUGGCCAGUUCACAGUGAUUCAGCUUUUGGGCAUGUUGCGUGGCGUUGCUGCCGGGAUGCAGUAUCUCUCUGAGAUGAACUACGUACACAGAGACCUUGCAGCGAGAAACAUUCUGGUGAAUGGAAAUCUGGUGUGUAAAGUAUCAGACUUUGGACUGUCCCGCGUGCUAGAGGAUGACCCAGAUGCAGUGUACACUACCAGGGGGGGAAAGAUUCCUAUCCGGUGGACAGCUCCAGAAGCCAUAGCCUACAGGAAGUUCACUUCAGCUAGUGACGUGUGGAGUUAUGGUAUUACCAUGUGGGAAGUCAUAUCCUAUGGGGAGCGGCCAUACUGGGAGAUGUCCAAUCAGGAUGUGAUAAAGGCAAUAGAUGAGGGUUAUAGGCUGCCAGCACCCAUGGACUGCCCCGUGGUGUUGCACCAGCUUAUGCUAGACUGCUGGGAGAAGAACCGCAGUGAUAGGCCCAAGUUUGGACAGAUUGUCAUCAAUUUGGACCAGUUGAUCCGUAACCCCAGCAGCUUGAAACAGCUGGCCAACAGCACUGUCUGGGAGGACCCAGUAACUCCAGAGCCUGCAUUUAGCACGGUGGCUGACUGGCUGGACUCCAUUAAGAUGAGCCAGUACAAAGAACAGUUCUCCAGCGCUGGCUACGUCACUCUUGACUCAGUCCUCUAUGUCAGUAUCAGUGAACUUGGGAAGAUCGGAGUUGCUUUGGCUGGUCAUCAGAAAAAAAUCCUUUCAGGCAUUCAGUGCCUGCAUGUACAACAGCAGCAGCAGGAAACCCAUGUGCAGCCAGCCACUCCCCGAUCAGCGCUGACAUCACUGACAUCAACAGGCCUGCCUUUUCUGAUUGGUGGCGAGGCUCAGGGGGUCACAUCCAGGCAUCUGGGCAGUAUUUAAAACGGAGCCACAUCACAAUGUGGAAGUAAGAAAAUUGCUCUGUGGUUUUAAGGAAGCACUGGGAAGCCUCAUUGUAUACUUUUACAGUGAACAUGAUCUUCAGUGGGAAGAAAAGACCACAUGUAAAAAAAAAAAAAAAACUUGUUUUGUAGUAAUGUGGUGGUCUGUUGACUUUAAUGCUUUUAGUGUCGAUGUAGGUGGUGUUUGUGUACCACAGGUGAAUGGAAUUCUGCUCUAUGGCCAUCUGUGAACUUAUUUAUGGUAGGAUAAUAGUAUUUUCCAGCAGGUGACAGAUACCUUGAAGCUCUGAUUACACAGAUACAGAUUGGGAAUGGAUGCACUGUAACUCCAUAUGCCAAGCAGACUGUUGUCACGUGAAUAGAGUACAGCAUGCUUCUAUUUGAAUUUGUAUGGCAGACGUCAAGGACACCGGAGAGACAAGAAUCAACUGGAUACAUCAAAACCAUAAUGAUUUGACUAGUCAGGAAAUUUAUGUCGCCUCUUUUUAAUAAUUUUCUUCUUUUUUAAUGAACUGAUAUUAAGAGACAAUUUUCCCUGACACUGAGUUGGCUGUGUCUUGCAAUUUCAUGGUAUGUGAACAUCAUAUUUACAGGAAGUUCUGUGUGUUUCCCUACUUCCGCUACUCUUUGGAGUAUCAUCAUGCAGUACUUUAGCCGCUGAAGCACAGAAAUGUUUGCUGUUAAUAAAAUGUUUUUUUUUUUUUUUUUUCAUUUUUGGUCUCUUUGUAAUGUUCCUCAAAAUGUCAUGUACAUAUUAUCUAAUGACAGACAUGUCUGUCAUACAGGCACUUCAGAAUAGACAUGUUACAAAAUGGAAUCUGGGUUUCCACUCAAUACAGCUCUGUAUUUGUACAUUACUGUUUAAAGGAUGUUUGUACAGUCAUGAUUUGGUGUCUUCUUGUUUAUACACUUAGACAAUGAGAUGCCUAAUUUCAAUGCUUUAAUGCUAGCUUUGGACAGAACAGGAUUGAGCAGUGAAUGUAAUGGAUGUAUUAGCUUUAUUGCAAGUCUGGAAAGCUAAACAUUUUCUCAGGAUUUUUUUUUCCUCAUAAACCUUAAUCAUGAAGAUGGUAAAGCUGAAUAAAUGGAGGGAUGGAACUUAAAAAUCAACAUUUUCUUACCCUCCAGCAUUAUUGGCGUUCUUCAAAAUGAUUGGAGCCCAUUAAAAGUGAUUAUAUAAACAUGGUACAGAAUAAUUGAAAUUUUCUACUCAAACAGCAGUAGAAACUUUUGUCUUUGUUCUAACAAAAUUUCUUUAUGAGAACCAAAGUCCUUUUAAAAAACUUUUUGGCUCUCAUGUUUGCCAAGUUUUUGA